GAAAUAACAGUUAUUUAUCGUUAUAUGUGUUAGAAAUAUAAAAUACGAAUUAUCCUGCAAGGAUAUAGUAUUUCGAUCUUCCGUAAAAAAUUGAAAUCGCCGCUAAUAAUUCGAAAGUUGAUCGGUAGCACGAUAUCAGUGGUCUAAGUUCAUGUUCAUUUCACCUCUGACAAUAAAGACGUUUUAUCUUAGAAUGUAUGUUCUUUGAUAUUUAGUGUUGAUCUUCGAUUUACAUUAUAGUGUCUUGGGAUGUACCUUCUUGGAUCAAAUGGACAAGGCUGCAGAUAUACUAGCCGGAGAUACAUCUAGACGUAUCGAAGGGUUGAUAUAGAAUUGAAUAUGAUACGAUGAUCAUUAAUGUCGUCGGUAUUAGAAGAUUUUCCGGACGCGUUUUAAUCGGGCAAAUUUACUGGGAAUAAUGGAUUGAAUGGAAAAACUGUAAGAAAUACUGGAACAACAAAGAGAGCAGAAAAUGGAACAGGGUUGAGCGGCCCCAAAUGAUAUUAACCUGAAGAAGACUCAAGGAGAUAUAGAAAAUGUUUCACUUGUCCCACGUUUUGAAUUCAGCAAGCCAUCAGUUAUCUUUAAGAUAAUGCAAUGGCCCCCCAAUCAUUAAUUCCCACUAAUCAUUAGCAGAAAAUCACCGAAUAUAGCGCGGAUAUGUCUUGUCCUUUCGGACGGUCACCCAAUCCAGUUCAAAAUGGAGCGACACCGGCUCUCAAACGAAGUUUUACUACGAAACAAAGCUCAGUCCAAAUCACAGACGACGACGAAGAAGACAGAAAUACUCUGAAUCUCAAGCAUUUAAAUGAAGCCAUAUUGAUUUUGACCUCGCCAACGAACGAAGCUGUACAACAGGCACUGACGUCUCUAAUCCUGAAAGAAUAUAAUCCGUAUAGGUAUCGCUGUCUAGAUAAACUGCCACAGAAUGUUACGAAUUGUCCACAUUACGCUUACUUAGAGGAUCUUUACGACAUAGUUAAAUCAGAAAAUGAUAUAGACGAAAGCCAGUUCUUUGACUCUUUAGGUCAAGAAUUGAUCAGUUCUACUUGCACAGAACGAACUGAGCGUGCCUUCAUAUGUCUAGGAGGUAAUCUCAGAGAGUUUUUAACUACCCUCGAUGGAGUCUACGAUGUUUUAAAAUACCAAGAAAACGGUCGAGAGCAGGAACACGAUGCCGAAGCCUUCAUGUGUACGGCUUCAAGUGAUAAAAAUAUUCAGCUAGAUUUUACGACUGAAAGACCAGCAGUCGCGUAUCUUUUAGUGGGAUGUCUCAAGGCCAUCGCGAAGAUAUUGUACACGACUGAAGUUGGUGUGGUACUUAAGCAAGAUGAAAUAGAUAAAAGACAUUUUAGAUAUAAUAUAAAGUUAAAUUCAGUUUUAACGAAACAACAGACAUUAAGUAAUCUUACGCCUGAGACUGCAAGUGACAAACUUCAAAUGGGAGUCAGCACGUUCUGCAAAGCAUUUCCUUGGCAUUUUGUGUUAGACCGUCGUUUGGAACUGGUACAAUUAGGUAGCGGUUUUAUGCGGCUAUUCGGUCAGUUUCUGACCACACUUGGAGCAUCUGUGGCCACGUAUUUCGAAUUCCUGCGACCCAGAAGCAUUACACUCUCCUUUGACGAGAUUAUCAAGAGAGCUAACACUCCGUUUUUACUGAGUAUAAGGAAACUGGAUAGUUCUGGAGAUUUUGUGGCAGAGGGCCUGAAACUUAAAGGGCAGAUGGUCUUCUGUCCGGAAUCGAAUUCGAUUUUAUUCAUUGGCUCGCCGUUUAUCGAUGGACUCGAGGGUCUCACCGGAAGUGGGCUUUUCAUCUCCGAUAUUCCCCUUCACGAUGCUACACGAGACGUUAUUUUAGUUGGCGAGCAAGCCAGAGCUCAGGAUGGACUUCGGAGAAGAAUGGACAAGCUCAAAAGUUCAAUCGAAGAAGGAAACAGAGCUGUGGAUAAAGAACGAGAAAAAAAUGUUAGUUUAUUACAUUUAAUUUUUCCACCGGAUAUUGCUAAGCGGCUGUGGUUAGGCGAAACCAUAGAAGCGAAGACGCACGAAGACGUAACGAUGCUGUUCAGUGACAUAGUCGGAUUUACAUCAAUUUGCGCCACAGCCACGCCGAUGAUGGUUAUAAACAUGCUCCAAAAUCUCUACAAUAAAUUCGACACUUUUUGUGGACAAAUUGACGUCUAUAAGGUCGAAACCAUUGGGGAUGCUUACUGCGUCGCCGGUGGACUACACAAAGAAACACACACUCAUGCUCAACAAAUAGCGUGGAUGGCACUCAAGAUGAUCGAAGUGUGCUCUCUACACCAAACUCAUCAAGGACAACCAAUAAGGAUGAGGAUCGGCCUUCAUACCGGAUCUGUCCUGGCAGGAGUUGUGGGAGUAAAAAUGCCUCGUUAUUGUAUGUUCGGACACAAUGUAACCAUUGCUAACAAGUUCGAAUCGGGCAGCGAACCCCUGAGGAUAAACAUUAGUCCUACGACAUUCGUUCGACUAACUCGUGCUGGCGGCUUCAUUACCGAAGAGCGCGAUCGUGACUGUCUCCCCAAAGACUUUCCCGCUCACAUACCGGGGACGUGUCAUUUUCUCACAGGAUAUAAACACCGGAAGGUCCCCGAAGACGCUUCUAUAGCGAGGCACAUCGAAGCCGGUCUACUGGACAUCGGACUUAAAUGGGAUCACACUUCUUAAGACUGCUGCGAUCUAGCAAUAAGCGCGCAAUAGAAGUUUAAAGAGACUGAGAUUGGAUAUUCGAUUCGGAAAUGUUGAUACAGAGUUGGAUUAUUAAAAUAGAUCAAAAAUUGCAUAAUGUCGAUUUAGUUCUUUUAGAGUAAAGUUAUUUAUACAGGGUGGACCGGAUUUAAUUUGCGUAUAUAGAGAUCUCGUAAACCGGUUAAAUGGGGAAAAAGUUUCGUAUUUUGACGGAUAAUACAAUGGUCCAUAGAAGUUCCAGAUUUUCUGACUGGUUCCGGAGAUAUUUGAUAAAAUCCGAAAAACCUCAUUUUCGUUUUUUAAGUCAUGCG